CCCUGGGAGGUGGCUCCGCCCACACCUUCCAGGAGUGGGCGUUUGCAUCCAAUCAGCGCCUAAGCGUUGGAGGAAGUGCCCUGGGCUCCCAGCCGAGGCGGGGAGCCGGUGGAGCUGCGGCCAGAAGCCCGCGGGACUCGGCGGUCGCGGUCACCCAGAGCUGCCUCUGAUGGGCGGACAGGCGAGCACAUCUGGCAGCUUCCCGCGUGGGCCCUGCCCCAGGGAUGUGAACGCGGACUGGAUGUCGGCGCUGUGCCCGCGGCUCUGGGACGUGCCCCUCCACCACCUGUCCAUCCCAGGGAGCCAUGACACGAUGACCUACUGCUUGAACAAGAAAUCGCCCAUUUCCCACAACGAGUCGCGGCUGCUGCAGCUUCUGGCCAAGAUCCUGCCCUGCGUCACCCUCCCCGUGGUGCUCCGGUGGUCCAUCACCCAGGUGCUGGACGUCACGGAGCAGCUGGACGCGGGGGUGCGGUACCUGGACCUGCGGAUCGCGCACAUGUUGGAGGGCCAGAGGAACCUGCACUUCGUCCACAUGCUGUACACCACCGCGCUGGUGGAGGACACGCUCACGGAGAUCUCCGGGUGGCUGGAAAACCACCCCCGGGAGUGGUGGUCCUGGCUGCAGGACUUCGAGGGGAUGACCGAGGACCUGCACGAGUACCUGGUCGCCUGCAUCAAGAACAUCUUUGGGGACAUGCUGUGCCCCCGAGGGGAGAUGCCGACGCUGCGCCAGCUGUGGUCGCGGGGCCAGCAGGUGAUCCUGUCCUACCGAGGACGAGCGUCCGUGAGCCGGCAUGCGGAGCUGUGGCCGGGGAUCCCCUACUGGUGGGGGAACAAGGUGAAACCCCAGGACCUCGUCUGCUACCUGGAACGCAUGAAGAGCUGCGGGCGCCCAGGUGGGCUGUUUGUGGCCGGCAUCAACCUGACAGAGAACCUGGAGUACGUCCUGGGGCACCUGGCUGGGUCCCUGGAGAGGAUGACGCUGCCCAGCCUGCCCUACCUAGACGCGUGGGUGCGGGCCCAGUGCCCAGGGUCGGGCGUCCGCUGCACCAACAUCAUCGCGGGCGACUUCAUCGGGGCAGACACGUUCGUCAGCGACGUCAUAAGACUCAACGAGAAGCUGUUUCGGGGCUGAGGGUGCUCCUGGCAAACCCGGCCUCCAGGCACCACCAAGGCUGCUCCUCCAUCCUGUGGGAUGGCCGCCAGCCACCUGGGUGAGCAGAGCGGUGGGGCCCCUGGCCUCCCCUCUGAGGCGGUGCCCCUCAGCGCACCCAGCCCGGGAGGUCCCCGGUGGGUCUAGGGAGGUAUCCACAUGUAGGGGGAGAUUAAAGGUGGUGGUUUGCGCCUUCCUCAAGGAGAAUUACCUGGAUCGUGGGUCUGUGUGGGCUCGGCCCAGCUCUGCUGUGGUUGCCGAUGGGACAGGCUCAGGGCUGUUCCCUCCCGGGGGUGGGGUGGGCGCGGGAGUGGGGGCAGCAGAGGGUGUCCCCCCCGCUCAGGGUCUGUAAUGUCAUGUCCAUAGGACAGGACUGAGCGUGUUGGAAUCCUAUCAAGAGAACUAUUUUAUUA